CUGCCGGGUCUGGGGAGAGAAAAGCAGCCCCAACAGGCGGUGGGCGGAAUGCCGAACUUCAGUUUGAAGGGGGUCGGGAGCCAAAGGGGUUAAAACCAGCGACUUCUCCCGCUUCCCGCCUCCUAAAACGUCCACCCGGCUAGCCAUGGGUAGCCGUGAUCACCUGUUCAAAGUGUUGGUGGUGGGGGACCCCGCAGUGGGCAAGACGUCCCUGGUGCAAAGAUAUUCCCAGGACAGCUUCAACAAACACUACAAAUCCACGGUGGGAGUGGAUUUUGCUCUGAAGGUUCUCCAGUGGUCUGACUCGGAGGUGGUGAGGCUCCAGCUGUGGGAUAUUGCAGGUCAGGAGCGCUUCACAUCUAUGACACGACUAUACUAUCGAGAUGCCUCUGCCUGUGUUAUUAUGUUUGAUGUUACCAAUGCCACUACCUUCAGCAACAGCCAGAGAUGGAAACAGGACCUGGACAGCAAGCUCACACUACCCAAUGGAGAACCUGUGCCCUGCCUGCUCUUGGCCAAUAAGUGUGAUCUGUCUCCUUGGGCAGUGAGCCGAGACAAGGUUGACCGUUUCAGUAAGGAGAAUGGUUUCACAGGUUGGACAGAGACAUCAGUCAAGGAAAACAAAAACAUUAAUGAGGCCAUGAGAGUCCUCAUUGAAAAGAUGAUGAGCAAUUCUAGAGAAGAUAUGUCUUUGUCCACCCAAGGGGACUACAUCAACCUACAAACCCGGCCCACCUCCAGCUGGGGCUGCUGCUAAGUAGUGUUUGCUCUCCAGGUUUUAAUCCCUUCCCCUUGGUUGUCCACCCAGUGGUUUUAUUAAGUACGUCUGAGCUGCAUUCUGCUGACUGUCCAGCAAGGAGGGCCAUCCUUACUAAGAAGAGACACUGGGACCCACGUGCAUUUCUUGCAACUUGGGUCUCACUUGCUGCUGGCUCAUGUAGACCUGUUAGUGCCCCCCCCCCGUUUUUAUUGAAUUUAUUGGGGUGACACUGGUUAACAAAAUUAUACAGGUUUCAGGUGCAUAAUUCUACAACACAUCAUCUGUACAGUUAGUGAGUUUUGUAUAAGAAAAAUCAUCUCAUCGCUCAAUUUGUGAUCUGGGAUUUUGUGGGAAGGAUUACAAAUCAGUAUCUGUGUUUUAAGGAUCAUAACUCUCAACUGCUUUUGAGCCUAUUUUUCCCACUGAUGUAUGUUGAGAUAUCAAUCUGCUAUGACUUCAGAUUGAGAGGAAAAUGAGAUCAAGGGUCAUUUCCCAAAUUCCUCAUAGGUCAUGACUUUUGUCUUGGAUUUUGAAUUUAAACAUCUGAUUCCGAAAUGCGGGAGUGGGUCUUGAUAUCUUUGGGUUUUGGGCUACUGAAGGUGACCCAAAUCACUAUAUUUUUGAAGCUUCUAAAGUCAUAAUUAGUUGCCCUGGCUGGUUUGGCUCAGCGGUUAGAGCAUCAGCCCGCAGACCAAUGAGUCACUGGUUUGAUUCUGGUCAAA